UUAGAAAGGAAAGGAACAUUCACCUUACGGUAGACACACACUACAGCCGGAGUGGGAAACCCUGCAACACAGUGAAAAAGGCAAAUCCAAUCCUUCUGUCAUUUUCGUCGUUGCUCGAUCAUCUCAUUCACCACUUCAACGGUUUCUUGGAGCAGAUUUUUUGUUUUCAUUUGGUGCUUUUUCUCGUUCGGGCGUGCAUAUAUAUAUAUAUAUAUAUAUAUAUAUAUGGAGUACCUUCCUGUUGAACUUAUAGGAAACAUUUUAUCUCGCCUUAAAGCUGCUCGAGAUGUAGUCGUUGCUUCCGCCACUUGCAAGAAAUGGCGCGAGGCUUGUCGUACGCACAUCCAUACCCUUCACUUUCAUUACUGUGAUUGGUCUCGUUACCGUGAGCUUAGCACUAGUAAAUUGGAGAGUAUCAUAACUCAAACUGUACUCCAAACAACUAACUUACAGAAUUUGUCGGUUAUUAUAGAUCCUGAUGAAGCUGACGAAUUCUCGGCUGCUUCUGUCAUUACUUGGCUUAUCUACACUAGGAAAUCGCUCCGUGAGCUGUAUUAUGAUGUGAGGACCAAUCCAAAUAUCAAUAUCAUUAAAGGAUGCAGUGAUAAGUUGGAAAUUCUGGCAUUAGCUCAUAAUCAUAUCUCAGGUGUUGACCUUAGUUAUCAGAAUUUUCCUCAUUUGGUAUCACUUUGUCUCAGCGACGUUCGUAUCUCAGCUCUGGAUUUGAACCUUUUGCUGACUGCUUGUCCUAAAAUCGAGACCUUUAACCUUAUGCGUCCUGUGAUUGCGACGUCUGAUUCACUGACAGUUUUGGAGCUGAAAAGUUUCUCAUUGAAGCAUAUUUAUGUUCAAGGAAUUUGUUUUGACAAGUUUAUACUGGAAGCUGAUAGCCUUGAGAAGUUGUCCCUAAGUAAUUGUACUUUGGUGAUUUUUGAGCUUAUUGGCCAGGGGUCUUUGCGAGUUUUGAAGAUGGCUAAUGUUAGUAUCUUCCAUCUUGAAUUUGGAGAGAACACAUUGAAUCUGGAGGUUGUCAAUGUUAGCAACUUCACCAGUACGUGGCUUCAAUUUUACAGAAUUAUCUCGAAAUCAUCAAAACUUACGAGGCUUCGGUUGUGGAAUGUAGAAUUGGAUGAUGAAGAUGAUUUUGUAGAUUUGGACACUAUGUUUGUUUGCUUUCCUCAGUUAAGGUGUCUAUCGAUAAAUUAUUCUUUACCGGAUGAUGUGUGCUAUUACGGAUUGCACGGUUCAUAUCAGUUUAACAAUGUCGUCAUGUUAGAGUUGGGAUGGACAGUAAUCAAUGACAUGUUUACAGACUGGGCAGCAGGGUUACUUGCUAGGUGCCCCAAUUUGAGAAAAUUGGUUAUAUAUGGGGCUGUUUCAGAGGCUGAAACUCCUUAUGAGCUGCGGACUUUAGCCGACAUCACCUCGUCCAUGGUUCGACUCAUGAGAAAGUAUGUGAAUGUAGAUGUUGAGUUUGAAUAUGAAUAGAAAUUGAUUUUGCUCGGGAAUUAUUUGUUGCUAAAUGAAAAGUUAUAUGAUUAUUUCCUUUUUCUAUAAAGUUUUGCAAAUUUGUAAACCUUUACUUUUAUUCUAUCUAUACAAUUAUCAUUAAGUCUUUGUUUGUAA